GGUGGGAGUUGAGAGAGACAGACAGACAGACAGACAUCCCCCUGCUCCUCCAUCUCUCCUGCCUGGACUUCUGCUCACCGCCCCCUCAGAGAUGGCAGAGGACAUGUGGGAGAACAGAACAGUCCCCAGCCCUUACCCCCACCUCCCCCUGUCUUUGCUACUAUGCAACGACACCCUCCUCAAUGACACCCUCCUCAACGACACUCUCUUCAACUGUAUCAACUCCACCAACAUUCCAGAGAUGCCAUUAGGACCCAGUGUAGCAGGGGUCCUCAUCCCACUCAUCUACAUCAUCGUCUGUGUCAUCGGCCUUGGCGGGAACAGCCUGGUCAUCCACAUUGUGCUGCACUACUCCAAGACGGAGUCUGUGACUAACAUCUACAUCCUGAACCUUGCCAUCGCUGAUGAGCUCUUCAUGCUGGGCCUGCCCUUCCUGGCUGUCCAGAACACCCUCCAGUUUUGGCCCUUUGGCUCCUUUAUGUGCCGCCUGGUCAUGACCGUGGACUCCAUCAACCAGUUCACCUCCAUCUUCUGCCUGACCGUCAUGAGCAUUGACCGCUACUUGGCAGUGGUCCAUCCCAUACGCUCCUCCAAGUGGCGGCGGCCUCAGGUGGCCAAGGUGGUCAACGGCACAGUAUGGGCCAUCUCCUUCCUGGUGGUCCUGCCUGUGGUAAUCUUCGCCAACGUCCACAAGAUGGGCGGCACCUGCAAUAUUUCCUGGCCUCGGCCGGCCGACAUUUGGCGGGCGGCUUUUAUCAUCUACACGUCCACAGUGGGUUUCUUUUGCCCACUCCUCAUCAUCUGCCUCUGCUACCUGCUCAUCGUCUUCAAGAUCCGCAGCUCUGGCAAGAAGGUCCACGCCACGUCCACCAAGCGCAGGAAAUCGGAGCGCAAGGUGACGCGCAUGGUGGUGAUCGUGGUGGCCGUGUUUGUCUUCUGCUGGUUGCCCUUCUACGCCCUCAACAUCCUCAACCUGCUGGUGUCUCUGCCAUCAGAGUACCCGGGCCUCUACUACUUUGUUGUGGUAAUGGGCUACGCCAACAGCUGCGCCAACCCCAUCGUCUACGGCUUCCUGUCAGAAAACUUUAAGCGGGGCUUCCGCAAGGCCCUGUGUCGCUCCUCACGCAAGGUGGAGAGCCACGACGUUACUGAGCGCCAGCAGCAGCAGGAGGAGAGAGGAAGGGUGCUGAAGCCCCGGGAGAGCUUGAGGAAGGUCGUACGAGAUGAGGAGGAGGAAGAGGAUGAUGACGACAGGGAGGACAUCACAGAGAUGACGGAGAUCUGUAGGAUCGCCCAGAAUGGGAACGGACAUCCUGAGAGUUCCCUGGCCCUGUUAACACCCAAGGCGCCAGCUCCAGGGGCAUCUGAGCAUGUGGUAUCCCCAGAAAGGAAAGCCAAAGCUGGUGACAUUGGUGGGAAAGGCCCAAACUUGGGGCCUCCAGCAUCCCUGCAUAAUGGACACACCAAUGGGAGUGUCAAACCACUGCCAGAGGAGCCAGUGGAGAAGAACUCCUCACUGGAGAUAAGCUACCUAUAAUGUAAAAUAACUGUCUCUGAAGUCAGUUACCUGAUGGAACUUGCAUUAAUAUUUUGUGGUAUUCAAGUAAUGUCUAUUUAAAUGUACAGCGCUAUACACAUAUAGAGAAGAAAAGCACUCUGUAAGGCCAUAGCACCUUUCAUUAUUUUAAUGCUACAUUUCUGAUCAACGGGCUGAGAGUGUUUGAACUCUGCAUCAAGCCAAUGGAAUUUGUGUUACAAUGACUUGAUACUGCCUGUAAAACGGUGUAUAUACUAGGUUGUUUCUGAAGACAUUUGUAUAAUUUCAAUCUGUGUUUAUAUGUUUUACCACAUGAUCACUGUAUGUACAUAAUGUCUGUGCCUUUUUCCAAACUUAUCUGACAUAUCUGAUUGUAAUUGUAUUACAUUUUUACAAUGUGACAAUCAAUUAUAUAUAGAUGAAUGUAGCGUCACUUUUAUAUCCUAGUCAUUCACCUCGCUACACCUUAGCUGGAGGAACAGAGGACAGAAGAAAAAGAAGGCACCUUGUGUAGCUUCUAUUCCAUGCCAACAGAAUGGCCCUACAUGCACAAUCAGAGGAGGAAAACAGGUGCCCUGAUUGGCAUAAAAUCAAACGGUGGUUAUAGAUUGAGGGUUUAUUUUGCUUGUGUGUUGUGAGCCAUGGUUGUGUUUGUACUGCUGCUAUAUGGGGGAAGAAAAGGGCUCUGGAAAGAGUUGGCAACUUGGCAUCCGGUGACAGUGUCUCAUGUUACUGAAUAUCAAGGUGGAAUAUCUGGUGACAGUGUCUCAUGUCACUGAAUAUCAAGGUGGAAUAUCGGGUGACAGUGUCUCAUGUUACUGAAUAUCAAGGUGGAAUAUCUGGUGACAGUGUCUCAUGUCACUGAAUAUCAAGGUGGAAUAUCUGGUGACAGUGUCUCAUGUUACUGAAUAUCAAGGUGGAAUAUCUGGUGACAGUGUCUCAUGUUACUGAAUAUCAAGGUGGAAUAUCUGGUGACAGUGUCUCAUGUUACUGAAUAUCAAGGUGGAAUAUCUGGUGACAGUGUCUCAUGUUACUGAAUAUCAAGGUGGAAUAUCGGGUGACAGUGUCUCAUGUUACUGAAUAUCAAGGUGGAAUAUCUGGUGACAGUGUCUCAUGUUACUGAAUAUCAAGGUGGAAUAUCUGGUGACAGUGUCUCAUGUUACUGAAUAUCAAGGUGGAAUAUCUGGUAACAGUGUCUCAUGUUACUGAAUAUCAAGGUGAAAUAUCCGGUGACAGUGUCUCAUGUUACUGUAUAUCAAGGUGGAAUAUCUGGUGACAGUGUCUCAUGUUACUGAAUAUCAAGGUGGAAUAUCUGGUGACAGUGUCUCAUGUUACUGAAUAUCAAGGUGGAAUAUCUGGUGACAGUGUCUCAUGUUACUGAAUAUCAAGGUGAAAUAUCCGGUGACAGUGUCUCAUGUUACUGAAUAUCAAGGUGGAAUAUCUGGUGACAGUGUCUCAUGUUACUGAAUAUCAAGGUGGAAUAUCUGGUGACAGUGUCUCAUGUUACUGAAUAUCAAGGUGGAAUAUCUGGUUACAGUGUCUCAUGUUACUGAAUAUCAAGGUGGAAUAUCUGGUGACAGUGCCUCGUAUUACUGAAUUUCAAGGUGGAAUAUCUGGUGACAGUGUCUCAUAUUACUGAAUAUCAAGGUGGAAUAUCUGGUGACAGUGUUCAAUUUGCUUGAGGGCAUACCAAGGUUGCACAUAUCUGAUUGUUGUUGAGUUGUUGUUCAACACUUGACCCUCUGGUUUCUGUAACUCGGUCUAUAUAGUAUGCCAUUUGAAAGGUCAAGGAACAUCAGAGUUCCUAUACACUGAUUGUUUCUUUUAAGAAUGACUUUUUCCUUCUUUUGAAUGCUAUCUGGCAGCUAUGACAGGGGAGCCACAUUGGAGGCAUUGAUAAAAUAUGAGCAUGAAUGGCUGAAAUCCCGACAUUGUAGGGAUGGUAUCUACAAUAUCUGACAUAUAGGUGAUUCAUAUGACUACAUGUUUAAUAAUUGUAUUUGUUUUAUCAUAGAUAUUUACUUGGACAACAAAAAGAGUGCAGAAUGUAAAAAUAGUGGAUGUAAAUCAUGCACACACCAAGCCAUGAAAAAGAAACUGGUACUGCAUUAUUAGACCGUUACACCAGAGUUAUCACACAGACACAAGCCCUCAUUAACCAAUUUGCCCAGUGGAGUGGAAGGCAUUAGGUGAAACCACACUGACCAACACAUAAAGUGCCUCCGUAUAUUGUUACACUCCACGCAUUCAAUGAUACAAAUGAUACAAAUAGCAGUGUAUUGUAGAAAGCAGUUUAACUCCCUUGAACAAUGCUAUCUGAUCCAUGAUAAAUCAAUUUCCUCUGCCACCCCCGCCUCUGCCACACUCCCACACACACACACACACACUCUCACAGCUGCAUUAAGAGGUGUGAAAACAUCAAUAAAGGCUUAUGAAAAGUGAAUUGUUUCACCAAUGCCAUGCUUGCAGUUCCGCUGGGCAGACUUGUGACAAGCAGCAUACUGUGAAGUGUUGUAUAAUUGCCACUUUCAUAUCAAAUAUACACUUGUUUACUCGUACUUGAGUUGUGUACGGGAUUAUUCUAUAUUAUGUGAUUUUUGUUUUCCACUGUUUGUGUGAUCUUUCCUCAGUGAUAAUCAGCGCAGUGCUUAUUGUAGACGGAGGUGAGGCAAGCAGCUGACCACCUGAUUGGUCGACGGGUGGUAUCUUUAUGAAUCUGUGUGAUUCAUAGUCCGCUCUCUCCACCCACAGACGCCCACCUAAGUAUGAUAUGGGCACAGAAAGAAGCAAACAGAACCGCAGGUGACUCUGAUAGCACUGAUAUUAUUCACUCUUUUUGGCAGUGGCUACUAUGGAAACACUAUGUAAACAGUGCCUGUAGAGCAAGGGCAAGAACACAACAGAGCCCUGAAAGUCAGAGAAUAGGCAUAGUAUUUAUCUCAUCCAGAUGUGCUAUUUGGUUUGGGAUUAAAUCUCUCAAUCCAAGGGCAAUACACAUGCUUUGACAUGUUCUCAGCUAACUAUGUGUAGAUGAUCAUUCUGUGGUGUGGCCAUUGCGUUCCAAUGGGCCAUGCCAAAACACCAUCAGUGUUAUUGUGCCUCUUUUUUUGAUGAUGUCUCAAGCAUCUCAUUGUGCCAAUGCAAUCUGACAGUUUUAGCAUUGCUCAAAAAGACAGCUGGGGGAUAACAAGUAAAUGGUUUGUGGGAGAAGGGACUGUUCUAGCAGAUGAGGUGUGGGAGAAGGGACUGUUCUAGCAGAUGAGGUGUGGGAGAAGGG